UUUAUAAUUCAUAACCUAUUAUUAGUAUUCUUAAUCAAAAUUAUUUAAUGGUAAACAAUAUUAUCUACUAUCUACUUGCUACUGUAUUUUGGAAUUUACAAAUUUAAAAACUGUAAUGAGUCCUGAAAAAAAAGCAUGGAUUAAACCAUCUUUCGAAGAAACUCCAUCAGAUAUAAAAUUAUUGAAGAAACCUAGUAAAAAAAGGCCUCUUAUUCAAAGUGAAAAUAAAAAUUCUGAUUGGUGUAAUACUUAUACUCCUCAGUCCGUUUCUAAACUAGCUGUACACAAUGGUAAAGUAAAAGAAGUGAAACAUUGGUUUGAAAGCUUAAAUAGCAAUUUGUUGACUAGAAGUAAAAUCUUACUUGUAACAGGACCAACAGGAUGUGCUAAAGCAACUACAGUAAAAUUGAUCGCCAAACAGUGUGGUUUCAUUUGUUUAGAAUGGAUAACACCCAUGACUAUUGAACCAAUUUAUGAUCAGUGUACUAACAGUUAUUGUUAUCAAAAUGUACAAGACAAGUUCCAAGAUUUUAUUUGGGGUGCAACUAGAUACCGCAGUUUAAAAUGUGGUAUUUCUAAUGGUCAAUUUUUGUUGAUCAAAGAUAUUCCUAAUAUUUUCCUAGAUAAACCAGAUGAGUUUCAUGAUAUUAUGAUGCGUUUUAAUACACUUUCAACAUUUCCAAUUGUGUUUAUAAUUAACAACGAAAAAAUUAUCCGUGAUCUAUUUUCUAUAGAAAUCUCUGAAAGAUUGAAAGUACAACAAAUUAAAUUCAAUCCAAUCACUAGAAAAUCUGUUCUGGCUGUAUUGGAACAAAUUGUCAAAGCUGAACAACAGAAGAAUAAAUUACUAAGGAUACCAAAUUCUACUGAAAUGAAUGCUAUUUAUGAUGAGACUAAUGGCGAUUUGAGAGCAUCAAUUAUAAAUUUAAAUUUCAUUUGUAUGAACAUCCAAAAUAAAAUCAGUAAAAAAUGUUCUACCGCUUCAAUGGAUGAGAGUCUUGAUUUAUUUCAUUCUAUUGGUCGUGUUAUAUAUCCAAAAAGAGAAAUGAUUAACUCCCCACUUCAGUUUAAAUUUACACAUAAUCCCGAUAACUUGGCUGAAAAUUUUGCAAUGCAACCAAGUACAGUUUUGGGGUUUCUUCAAGAAAACUAUUUAACUCGUUUCUCAAGUUUAACUGACAUUUGCAAAGGGGCUGAUGCAAUUAGUGCAGCUGAUGUAAUGUUAAGUUCAGAUUUUAUGUUUGGUGUUUCUAUAUAUGAUAUAAGUUUGUCAUCAUUAUCAGUAGCUGUCCGAGGAUUAAUGUUGGCAAAUGAAAAACCCAUUAAAGUAUUUAGACCAAUUGUUAAGCCUAAACAUUUCCAAUAUACUAAUGAUAUACAAAUGUAUAAGGACGUUAAAAGAUGGUUUGAUGAUGUACAUGAAUCUCCUAAAGAUAUAUUGUUAGAUAUUAUCCCAUUUGUAAAUGAACUAGGAACUGAUAGACAGAAAAAUGUUGCUAAAGAAUUAUGGAGUUUCAAAAGAAAAUAAUGAUUGAGCAAGAUUAGAAAUAAUUUAGAUACCUAUGUAAAUGUAUUGUUUU